CAAAGCCCGAACGACCAUUACCCCCAUAACACUCGUUUCUGCGAUAAUAGCGCUGUAUAGCCUGAGUGGUAUAUCUAAUACGAACACCAUGAUCACACGUCCACCAAGUUCACGCUUGCUCACAUCCAUCCUCAAACAGCAUGGUCCUAGUAGUCUCAAAUGAUCCCAGUUGGUGGCCGCUCAUUAAUGUGACUCGUAUUGCCAGCUAUUUUGUAGUUGCCUCUUCUGCUGCAGUAAUGUAUGAUUGGGCCCUGACAUUCGCACAAGAGGUCGAACUGAUCUGGAGGCAACGUUGGUCCCUCAUGACUUUUAUGUAUCUCGGUGUGCGCUAUCUUGGACUAGUAUAUGCUGUCAACAGCAUACUGUUCGAUACCCCAACAAUCUCGUUGACCGUUGUAGUGAGUCUGGUUUUGUGCAUCAUACAAGAUUGGACGACUAUCAUUGUAAUUGCAAUACUGGGCGCCAUCAUGAUCGCUCGGUUAUACGCCAUGUAUCAGGGAUCCAGAAAGGUGUUGAUACUUCUCAUUGUCGUCUUCCUGCCUGUCAACGUCGUCUGUGGAGUGAUCACCGUGAUAUCAAUAAUGAAUACAUCCGCCGAGGAGCUCAUUCUCUCCGGUAUCCAUCUCUGCACCAUCGACUUUGAGGGAGACGUCCAACUUCUCAAUUCCAUACCUUGGAUGCUCACCGCUGCAUGGGAGAUCCUCGCACUUUGUCUCGCAGCCUGGAUUGCUGUAAAACACUUCCGUGAAUUGCGACGACACUCGACAGGAGGGAGUAUCGGGGACUGUUUCACAGUGUUAAUGACAACUCACGUGGUCUACUUUGUAAGCGCUGUUGCUGUUUCUUGCUUCCAGUUGGGUUAUUUGUCUCCAGCAUUAUCAGCGUCAUACUCCCCAGAAGUUAUGAUUUAUGACGGCAUCAUUGAAAUUUUCGUGGUCGUGCAGAUGUUUGUGCUGGGACCGCGCCUGAUCCUUAGUGUUCGAGAAUAUAACGCUAAGCUCGUGGCCGACUCGGAUGCAGCAACUGCCAUGACUUCAAUUGCAUUCCAGGAGCGCGUGCAUGUAGCAACUAGCAGCAGUGUGUAGUGCGAGAGAUGCUCAGUGUGAUUAAUACUCGUCGAGUACUCUGCAGGGAGCAGGAGAAUAUGCGUGUUCAUUCCAAGUUUCGUCGUGGUAUUUAUUGGUGUUCUGGAGUGGGAGAAUUUGUUUUUUUUGGUUCCAAAUUUCGUCGUGGUAUUUAUUCGAGUUAUUUGAUGUUCCGAACUUGUAGAUUUGAAAGAGAAAUAUGUCUGUACAAUCCCAUCACUUACACUAGUUGCAUCGCCACUGUCGCUAACUGCCCGCACGAAGUGGCAAACAGGAACGUUUCGCAACGUUCCUUGAAGACAGUCGUUUGGUAAAUUUCUCUGCGAUGGAACAUUGAUCCU